AUGAAUACAGCCAAUUACUCAGCAGUAUUUGAAUUUGUGUUCCUGGGGCUUUCUACCUACAGACCAUUGCAGCACUUCCUUCUGGCUUUCUCUGCAUUGUUUUAUGUCAUAAUUGUUCUGGGGAAUCUCUUGGUUGUGUUUACAGUGAUUCUUGAUCCUCAUUUACAUUCCCCCAUGUACUUCCUUUUGGGAAAUCUUUCAUUCAUUGAUAUGUGCCUAUCUACUGUUACAGUCCCUAAGAUGCUUUCUGACCUUUACUUUGGGAACAAUACCAUUUCAUUCCAGGGAUGUGUCACACAGAUAUUUGCCCUGCACGUUCUGGGUGGGUCUGAGAUGGUGCUACUCAUAGCCAUGGCCCUGGACAGAUAUGUGGCCAUAUGCAAACCCCUCCACUACCUGAGCAUCAUGAACCCACGGAUGUGCACUAUGCUUCUGUCUGGAGCUUGGGUUAUUGGUCUCCUUCACUCAGUGGCCCAGUUAGCUUUUGUUGUCCAUUUGCCAUUUUGUGGUCCCAAUGAGAUUGAUAGUUUUUACUGUGAUCUUCCCUGGUUCAUCAAACUUGCCUGUGCAGACACGAACAGAAUGGAGUUCAUUGUGACUGCCAAUAGUGGGUUCAUUUCCACUGGCACCUUCUUCUUACUGAUUAUCUCCUAUGUCUUCAUUCUUGCUACUGUGUGGAAACGCUCCUCAGGUGGUUUGUCCAAGGCCCUCUCAACUCUUUCAGCUCACAUCAUUGUGGUGGUUUUGUUCUUUGGGCCAUGCAUUUUUGUUUACGUGUGGCCAUUUCCUACAGUGUCGGUGGAUAAGUUUCUUGCCAUAUUGGACUUUAUCAUUACACCUAUCCUGAAUCCUACCAUUUAUGCCUUGAGGAAUAAAGAUAUGAAGACGGCAAUGAAGAGACUGACACAUUCACAUUUGAAUCCUGGUUAG